CAAUCCACUUUGCUUUGAGGUGGACCGGGCGGUUGUACGCAUGUGCAGCGCAGGCGGUAGUGUGUGAGAUGAAAAGAGAGGUAAACAGCUAACAGUUGGCAUCUUAAAACGGAUCAGAAAUGGAGGCACAGAAAGAUUUGCAGCCACCCAAGCAACAACCUAUGAUCUACAUAUGCGGAGAAUGUCACACUGAAAAUGAAAUAAAGGCCCGUGAUCCAAUCCGAUGCAGAGAGUGCGGCUACAGGAUCAUGUACAAGAAGAGAACAAAGAGAUUGGUUGUUUUUGAUGCCAGAUGAAGAAGAGAGGAGCAGCUGUUUUGAUUGUUAUUGUUGUGUUCUAUUUUUGUGGUGCAAGAGCAUGUAAAUAGACUUUCAGCCCUGACUCCAGAUUUCUGAAUUAUGGUUAAAAGCUACCAUUUUCAUGUUUUGUUUUGUUUUGGGUUUUUUGCCCCAGAGUGAUGGCUGAAAGUUUUGGUUUAUUAAAAACAUGAUUUUCACUGA